CAUAAAAGCUCAUAGAUGGCGUCUGAUACCCAAGCGAGGCUUUGAUGUCGUCAUGCUGGAAGACAUAUCGAAGUGUUUCUUCAGAAAUCUGUUUUAAACUUAACGUUACUGCAAGCAUGUGAUUGUCUCAAGCAUUAAAUAAAAAAGUUUUUUAAGCGAUGGAAGGAAUCCACAUUUCUCUUCCAGUAGCGGUAUGUAGGGAUAUUUUACUGAGUCAACAGCAGAAUUUGUAUUACGAAGCCUCGAUUUCGACUGGUGCGGGAAAUGGCGGCAAGAAAACGAAGGGGUCUAUCUCCGCGCGCCUAGUUACAGGUCCCAACGGAGACAAGUUAAUUGACAUUGUUGUUCAGUUUCCUGCUCGGAGUAAAUCACUGAAUAUUGUUAAGGGAAAAUUAUAUUGUCAAGUUAAAGAAGAUAGAGUAGAACAAAAUACUGCUUCGGUUUUGGAUUCAGCAGUGCACCUACAAUGCCAGUCAGAGGUUGCAGACGAGACACCAUCAUGUAACAACAAUGCAACAAAAGCUCCAGAAAACAUUUCGCCACCAAAAGAGAGGAAGAAAAAAGUAUCUGAAUCGGCUGCUCUCACGCAUGUACACGAAGGAAGACCUUCAAGGCACAGAGAAAAGCCAACAAAAUUUAAAGACUAUGAUACAGAACUUGAUUUUAUUCGGAGAGAGACACCUCGACAAACAUUACUUAGUGACGUCGAGAAAGAAAUUGAAGCGGAAGAAACAAAUGCACCAAAAUCUGAAGGAGAACUUUCAAAAACAGACUGUAAAAUAACGUCUGAUGAAGCGAAUAAAAGAGAUAAAAAAAGAUUUUAUGUUCGUUCUAGAACUUUUGGAAAUCAAAAGAGAAGGACAUACGACAAACUUAUCAAACAUUUGACUCAAGCAACGGAGCAGGAAGGUUCUGAGAUUCAGUCUGUGCUGUUUAGCUUAAAAUCAUCAGUUUACAAAGAUCAGAAAGUCAAUAAAGGCCUCUUGAUAUCAGAACAAAGACCAAAAGAUACUAGCAAUGGUCAUUGCGUUUUAAAUAGUAUAAAGUUAGAUAGACCAUUUCAGAUAACUGGGCAUGAGUCCAAUCAAAAUGGAGAACCCACAGAAGAGACUGUCUCAAAACAAACUGCACUUCCGUCAUUAAACUCUGGGCUGAUAACCAAGAAGUGGAGAAAAACAUUUCCUCCACAGCUGAAGUCUUUCCCAAGAAAAUUUCCAAGUAGUUUACGUUCAUCAGCAACAUCAUGUCUAUUACAGGAGCCAUUGGGCACAGAACAAGCAGCCUCACAAAAGUCACAGCCAGUAGACCAAGCUUUAAACAAAUACAGAAUUAUUAGUCCAUCCAUGGCCAUCUUUGAAGAUGCACAUAAACUUCACAAUAAUGAUAGUGAUCCAGACUAUGACCCGGAAAACUUUGGCGAUGAUUUGGAUGUUGAAAAGAAGAAAGCUAAAAGAAAAAAGUACCUGGUUCACUCCAGGAAGAGAAAAGUGUUGCAGGAAGCUGUUACAUCUUCUGAGGCAGACAGUGAUAGGCUCCUUGACAAAUUUCAGGUGCUUCAUGCAUCAACUGUCAAACAGGGUGACCAGUUCUUUAUUCCACAGAACACAUCUGUUAGAGAGGGCAAGAUGAACACCAUGCUGGUUGGGCCAUUCUGUUUGGUUGGAAGUGGUGAGGAGUCCAGAAUAGAAAUAGUUCCUGAACACGAAAGAGCUGCUACACUAAAUGUUUUGUAUGGAGACUUGCAUCUGCCAAAUGCAACAGUUUGGGGUCUUGAAGGAACCGGAACAAAAGUUAUCAUGCAUACGCUGAGUACAGCCGCACUUUCAGCUACUCUUGACCAUGAUUAUAUAAACAGCAGACAUAAUGCAUCUGAUAUUCCAAAAGUACCAAGAACAUUUUUAAAACCUAUUCGCAUGGCUCAACAUAUCUCAGCCAGGGUGGAGAAGGUUGAAGAAGGUGAAGGAAAAAGUCUGGUCACUAUCAGUGGUCAUAACAACAAAGCAAAAUCAGAUGCUGGCAUUUUCACAUUCACUCCAAGAAUAAAUGCUGAAGGCAUUCCUAUUGCUGACUCUCUGGAGGAUGUCAUGACAGACACCAUCAGAAGAGUGGAGAGGGACAGGGAGAGCUACCAAAAAGCUCUAGAAGCCGAGCCCACAGAACCAGAGGUUGUGGGAGUAAAUGACAUGCCAGUAGCAGGUGAAGUUGUUUUGAAAGUAUGGGGACAAGUUCCUAAUAACAAGCGUGGCAUUAGGAGAAACUGGAUUCGAGGUCGACCAAGAAAACAUCUUCCUCUUGCAGCCAUUUUACAGCAAGGAGUGACCAAAACUGAUGUUGAUGGUACUGGUAUAGAUAAAAAGAACAUCACUGUAACAUUGCAAGAUGCCGGCAGCAAUGUUGUUGUCACCAUGCAGGGAGAAGUCUCUUUGCCUAGCACUGAGAAUCUUGGAAAGGGAAGUCUGUGUGUUUCCAGUGGCCUUAAACAAGAAGAGAAUGUUGCUCAGGGCAUCAUAGGUGCAAACUUUAAACCAGGAGAAAUAAUUGUCAUUGGAAAUGAUGAAGGAAAAAACACUUUGUUCACAGAUUCAGAAGUUAAGCUAGACAUCACAAGUAAUGUAAAUGUUUCACCAAAAAGUGAUGAAAGAUUGUUGUCAUCACACGCUAAAAUACUUAAGAUGUGCAACUACUGCCUGAGACUUUUUCCUGGCCCAGUCUUGUUGUACAGACAUGUCAAGAACGAUCAUAGCAUGUACUUCAAGGAUGCUGGGUAUCAGCAGUACCUAGAAGACCUACGUCUAGACAAGCUUUUUGUGUGUCCAUUUUGUCCAGGAAGGCACAGUCUUUCAAAUGAAUACAGGUUUCGAGCACAUUUGACACAAGUGCACAAAGUGGAGAUACAGGAACAAAGCAAUGGAUGGAAAUCACCUGCACUGUCAUCGCUGGAAUGCGAAAUCUGUCAUGUCUAUUUCCAGAGCUGGGGUGAACUUGAAGUUCAUGCUACCUGUGUGCAUGAUUCUCAUCUUUUAUCGUGUCCUCACUGUCCAGAUGCUUUUAUUCUUGAAAAUACACUCUGUCAACAUUUGAAGAUGCAUAAUAAUAAAAAAGCUCACAUUACUGCAGAGGAAGAGCAGGGGAAGAGGAGAGGUGCGAAGAACUGCAGGUUUUCUGGCACAUCAAGGGGGGCAAUAAAUCGACCUAAACGUCUGAAGCGUGGUAUGGCUAAUGGUAGUAUCGACAGGACACAGCAGUCGUGUUUGCAGUGUGGAAAGCUGUUCAAGACUGCCGGAUCCCUUGCCAGGCAUGUUGAAACAAGACAUAGCAGCAUAGAAGAUGGAGAAACCCAGAUGUCAGCAAAGAAGCAAUUCCAGUGUGCGUGUUGCCUAGAACAGUUCACAUCUUUGUGGGAGGUACAAGAGCACCAACAGCAUGUCCAUACAAGUGCUACCCUUGUUCAUUGUUUAUUCUGUGGAGCAGGAUGCACUUCAGUUUCUUCAAUGUAUAAACAUAUCAGUGAGUGCCAUUUGCUAACAGAGAUGCUGACUUGCCCAGUAUGUCAAGAUCAGUUGCUGUCUCAGAAGGCUUUAACACAGCAUAUCUAUUCUAUUCACCGACUUGAGUUUGGGGGAAGUUUAGAGUUUGCCGUCAAACAAAGUCUUGAUGAAGUGUCAGAUGGAGAAAGAACUGAUGAUUGCAUGCAAAAUUUUCAGUGCCCAUACUGUACAGAUAUUUUCACUCAAACAUCACUUGUUGCUCACAUUGUGGAGGACCAUCGUGAACAGUUUCCACAUACUUGUCCUCAUUGUGAACAGACUUUUCUGACUAAAGAAGUGCUCCAGCACCACAAGGAAUUUGCUCAUGAUUACAACUCACCUUUUCAAUCAUUGCUGUCUCCUCAGUCUCCUAAGAAACAGACUAUGGCUGUCACACUUAUUAAAAACCAGGUGACAGGUCAGCAAGAUGUUACGGAUAUUUUAAAAAGUUGUCACUCAGCCUCAAACACCAAGCCAGGCAUUCCAGAAAACUUUGUGUAUUCUGUUGGUAAGCAAGAUAUUCAGGCUUUGUUGACAGGUGAGACUGGAUGCAACAUGCAGCAGAUAACAAUAUAUCCUGAAACUGCCUAUCAACUAAGCAGUCAUUUCAGCAACUCUAAUACAGAGCAAAACUGUGAUGUGGAAUAUCUAGAAAUUGUGACAGAUGACAGCAUCGCCAUUGCCACAGAUGUCAUCACAGGAGAGGGGGAAUCGGCAGUUGAAGAUAUUGUUUAUGGAAUGCAGCUGAGCACAGAUAUAACAGAUGAAUCUGUAUGAACAUCGUUGUCUUCAUACUGGAAGCGGCAGGAUCAUGGUAAAUAGGGGUGAUGACCAUGCUACCACAGGAUGUAUGGAGGAAACAUUUUCUGUGCAUACUGAAGGAAACUUUGCCAUGAUUUGUUAAUAAGAGGCAGUAAUGAAGAAAAGAGCAGAUGUCUUUAGAAGGACGGUGAGAAAUGCAGUUUUCACCUACUUCUUCAGAAAGUAAAAACAAGCUUAUGUCUACUGCCAUGCAGGUAUAUUUUAUUGCAUUACUACAUUGAUCAGUUCAUUGAAACGUGUAAAAAUUUCUAUUCCAGAUGACUGUAAUUAUAUUUUGCAGUAAUAUAGUUGGAUUAUUAGUGUACAUAAAGCUAAAGGAAAAUGGAAGCAGACAGCUUAUGUAAUGUCGACUUUGCAGUUAUCCCAUGUAUUGGUAACGUUGCAUGUAUCUAUUGAGAGUGAAAAAGAUUACUUGGUUUAUUUCUUGUUUAUUCACAACAAGUAGAGGCUCAGGUAAUUUGAUUGGUAGAUGACAUUGUCAAUACUUGGUUGCAUGAGAAUUUAUCACUAUCAUUUCAUAAUUUGCAUCGGUAAGUUGUAUUUUACUUAUUUGUGUAUAUUUUCAUGUGAAUUUAAAUGUCUAGGAUCGGCUGCCACAGAAUGUCACAGUGUGGCUGAUCACUAGUUCAGAAACUUCAGGCAGAUCAGUCUGUUUUAACAAUCAUUUCAAACACUCUUUCAGCAUGUGCUUUCUACACUUGUUACACCCAUUUUGAAGAAUGAUUUUUUUUUAAAAGAUUUUAAUGUUUUUCCACACUCACACUGAGGUUGUGAACUGGCUUUGGGUGUUUGUUCUUUGAAAGCAGCUGGCAGCUCUCCACUUACUCUGUCCUUUUUCUUGUUAUAAGUGAAUGUUGCAAAGGUUUGCCACCAGUCUCUAAGUAGCACACACAGGGUCAGAAAAGAGCGCAGAAGAAUGAGAUAAUGAAGUUGAAAAAAAUGCAGCGACAACAAAAUAAGGACAAGGUCGACAAGAGGAUCAUAUGAAAAUAAGGGAAUAUGAAAAAUAAGAUGAAGAUAAAGAGCUUGUGGAGAAAACAAAAAAAAAAAAAAGUCUGUCACUAGUUGGUUUCCUAAUGAAACAACCCCCCCACCUCCAAGACCCACCUAUAGCUAUGAUCUGAUGCAGCUCUAUUGAGUUCUCCUUUCCAAAAUUCAGCCAACAAAAACGAUGUGGAUGCCAGCAUUCACAUCCCUAAAUCAACAAACAUGGUACUUUAAUACAGCCCCACUCUUAGACUAGCAGAUAAAGCUUUAACUCUAGCACAGAGCAAAGAAAGACUCAAACACACAUAUAUGCACAGCCUCUACGUGUAAGAAAAAAUGGCAAAAUCGCCAAGAAAUUGGGCACUCGUCCACACAACUUGUGAAGUAUCCGGUGGUCACCUGCUCACAACAAACAGUACCAGAAGCCCAUUCACGUCUCAACACAGACCCUGGUGGUCAUCAGCCGGCUACUGAACCCACUUCCCUGCACCAGCCCCACAGAUUUCCACUAGCUCCUGGUGGUCACUACUGGCUACUGUGUCCACAAACAGUACUAGCCUUCCAGUACACUCCUAACUUGUGUGGUCACUCCUGGCUGCUGUGCAAACACGCGGCACCUUGCCCAGGCAGUCUCUUACUGCUUUCAAAACAACCCACUCCUCUCAGUGUCUUAGGAAGAAUACCUCGAGGGAUGCUAUGCUCUGGGGUUCACUUCAUUGUGACAGUAACUCUACGGUUGUCACGCCACCGCGUAGUGGCUUGCUAACACUCUCUCGAGCACACCAGCGGGUCAGACAAUUGUGCGUUCUUUCUUUCCAAUAAAAGCAUGAUUCACCUGUACGAGUCUGCCCGUGUUUACUGAUCAAAACCCCAAAAAAUAAAUCCUAACUAUGAAAAAAAACGGUCACUAACACAAUAGUUUUUUCCUUUCGAUUAGCAAAUCUAUGAAGUGCACUGAACUCCUCACACAUUAUAAACUCACUGUCUUGGCAAUGGCUCUUCUAAUGCAAUCCACAAAAAUAAAAAAUUCACAAAAAUCCACUGUAGCUUUUACUCACUUUUAAAACUCAUUGUCCCAGCAGUGGCUUUUUCCUUCAUACUAACACAUUCAAUCUCUUAUUAGUGAGGCACAUUGUCUUGGCAAAGGCUCCCUAAUCUCAGUGAUGCAUCUUCCUCUUCCCGUCUCUUCUUCAUCUUACCUCUCUCCUCACUUCGUUCUCCUUUUCUUGUUUUCUUUUUUUCUCUUUAACGCCCUCCUCCCUUUCGUCACCUCCCUUUUACGUCAACUUACGUCAUUUAUGAAGCUCCUUGAGCUGUCUACAGGCCAGGAUAAGGCGCUGGCGCUUGCGGAGUUUAGAGUCACACAGACCACUCGACCAUUUAGGAAACGUCUAUCAUUCACACCCUUUCAUCCACACGCAUGCUCAGUCCUAGCACUCUGACUAGGUCCCUGACAACGGUGAUGUUACACACUGCACACAAUCGUUCACACAUUCUUUCUACACAACACAAUUUCCUUGAGGCUGUCUAAGACACCAAUAUAAUUGCUAAAUGUAUAAAAUCAUAAGAAACCUAAGAUAAAAUUAACCAAACAAAUAUUAGUACAUAUACACGUAUUCUGCACAAAGCCCCAGGGGUCACUGCUGCCUUAGAGAAAGCCCAAGGCAAAGGUAUAGCGGCAAGAGAUCCCCCUAGCUAGAGUAUGAAUACGAGUAAUAUAGAUACACAAAGACAAAAGAGAUAAAUACUGUUCCAAUACUUGGUAGUCCGCAGCAUGGAAUGAAACAGUAUCCACCAGACAGAUCCCACAGUAGCCCGGGGAUGUGUAACACUGAAGAACUUCACAGUCGCUUUGGUCUUACAAAGUAACAGCAAAAAAAAAAAAUCCACACAUUUGACGAAAAACCUCAGUAAUAAGAAUAUUAAAAAUCCACACCUCAACGAGGAUAUUAAAAUCCACACGGCAGUAAGGAUAUUAAAAUCCACAUAGCAAUAUCUUAAUAUCUCCGAAAUUCCGUCACCUCAAGCUCAAUACCAACAUGCAGUCCUUUUGCCUUCACAUUUCCACAUUCUAAUUACUGCCUUUUGACCUCACUGGCCACCCUGCUAUGUUUUUUUUCUUCCCUCAAUAUGAACAUUUUGUCUGAUCAUUGGGAGAAUUUGACGAUCGUUCGUCGUGGGUUGGAUGUGCGUACAGCGGUCUCUGUACGCCUUCGCUAUACAGUCCUUUCGCCUUCACAUUUCCACAUUCUGAUUACUGCCUGUCGCAAACCUCAGUAAUAAGAAUAUUAAAAAUCCACACCUCAACGAGGAUAUUAAAAUCCACGUCAGUAAGGAUAUUAAAAUCCACAUAGCAAUAUCUUAAUAUCUCCGAUAUUCCGUCGCCUCAAGCUCAAUACCAACAUGCAGUCCUUUUGCCUUCACAUUUCCACAUUCUAAUUACUGCCUUUUGACCUCACUGGCCACCCAGCUAUGUUUUUUUUCUUCCCUCAAUAUGAACAUUUUUUCUGAUCAUUGGGAGAAUUUGACGAUCGUUCGUCGUGGGUUGGAUGUGCGUACAGCGGUCUCUGUAUGCCACUGCGCUAUACAGUCCUUUUGCCUUCACAUUUCCACAUUCUAAUUACUGCCUUUUGACCUCACUGGCCACCCUGCUAUGUUUUUUUCCUUCCCUCAAUAUGAACAUUUUGUCUGAUCAUUGAGAGAAUUUGACGAUCGUUCGUCGUGGGUUAGAUGUUUCUGCAGCUGUCUCUGUACGCCUUCGCUAUACAGUCCUUUCGCCUUCACAUUUCCACAUUCUGAUUACUGCCUGUCGCAAACCUGGGGCAGGGUCCGUAGAUUUGGUAGGGGGUACGAUUUCUAUCACCGGUCCAACACACCGUCUAUACCCCCACCAAAUCCACGUCGACACUUACCGCGUGCUACCAGACUAAAUUGCUUAUUAAUUACCCACUUUAAUCAGCUCGAGCCCCCAAGCACACAUAACCCCAAUGCAAACACGAGGCAAUUUAGUGUAUUAAAAGAACGUUAAUUAUUAUUUCCAGAAGUUCAUAUAAACCAGAAAAUGUUACAGUUACAAAGUAUGAACAAUUGGUCGUUGUCUAGACCGUCCCGUUUACCUAAUUAUUUCCCCUACUUCUAAUGUGUCCAGAUAACCAGAGAGCUAGGUCUAACCUUAUCUGUCAUACAUCUGCACACACACUCUCCCCGUACAAUCCUCAUGCAUACACCACUUAGCUGUGUUAAAUGUCUUGGUUGCUUGACAUCUUAGUCCUUGCCGGACAUACACACACAGUUGUCACUGGGUAUGCGUUGACUAUUAUCGUUGGGAGAGCUUUCUUGCCGUGUUGCAGAAGAAAUAAUGUCUGAAGACUUCGGUCGACUGCUGUUAGGUACACGACGAGAAAGUUGCAAAGAAGUUUGGGAUGAUUCCGCACCUGAAUCGUCCCCGUUCACCCUGUGCACCUUGAACGGAUGCCAGUAGACCUGGUACUCCUCACUUGAACUCCAGUGUCGACGUGGUAUCCACAGCAAUGCAACUUGUCCGUUGGGUUGGUUGGAAGGACGUAGGUUGCUUACCUGUACGUCUGCAGGUACGGAGCUGAAGAUCGGGACGAUUCCUUACAUGAAUCGUCCCCGUGCACCCUGUGCACAUUGAAACAGACACUUGUAGGCCUGAUGUUCCUCUCCUGAAUGUCAGCACCGGUAUGGUGUCCACAGCAACUUGUCCGUUGUGUUGUUUGGAACGACAAAGUUGCUCUCUUAAUAAGCGCAAAUGCUUCUGCGCGGCUUAGUCGCUCUCUCGGUUGGAUUCCUACUCCCUCAAGACGGUCCGCCGUCCGAGGUCAAUGGAAGAAUGCAGGGAAGCGAAGACGAAUGCAUGAAUUAUUCUCGUGUCCUCUCCCUCCGAAAGUCCCUAGCAAAAAGCACUUCUUUCCAUCCAGAAGCGCUGAGUUUGCAUCUAGAAGUUUCUUGUGGAAAACGCUGAGCUGGCAUCUAGAUCUUUCUGUCCAGUCCAUUCCGUUGGCCAGUCAUGCCACCUGACACACCACAACCAAUCACGCCUCACAGCCACCACGAGCCUAAGCUCCCACCCACACCCGUGUAAAUGACGCAAUUUCUAGAGAGAGGAAUUACGUCAUAUCUAGAGUAAAAUAGAUGUGCAAACCCACACUACAGCCCUAUCCCCACUCUUUCACGACACUGCCUAGUGAUCUCACUGGCCACCCUGCUAUGUAUUUUCCUUCCCUCAAUAUGAACAUUUUGUGUGAUCAUUGAGAGAAUUUGACGAUCGUUCGUCGUGGAAUGGAUGUGCGUACAGCGGUCUCUGUACGCCACUGCGCUAUACAAUGUGCACAGAUAAUGUCUGUUAGCAACCUUGAUUUCUGCAGAACACAGCUCUAUAAAAUAUCCAGGGUAUGAUGUGCACAUGCUGAGAAUGACUAGUCUGUGGACUCAGGAAUCCCAAAGAAUUUUAGAUUGUCUCAUUGAGAUGUCAUUUCCAGUUGAUCCAACUUGUUAUUCAACUGUUUCUCUGAUUUAUCCAAUUUGUCCUUUAAGACAGACACAGAUGUCUUGAUAUCCAUAUGUAACCAAGUGGUGGGGUUUUUGCUAACGACGUAUAACCGUCCAUCAUUCAAUAUAAAAGCAGGUCUUGUCAACAAGUGCAACCCCUUUAAUGUGCGACUAGAACAAUCGCCACGGCUGCGCCACAAGUCGAUCUCCUUCCCCGAUCCGCUGUCGUCUGCGCUCUUCCUUUUUCCUAACGUCCUCCGUUUGUCGUCACCUUUUUGUCGUCACCCUUAUUUUGAUGUCAUAAUUUAUGACGUCAUACCUCCAGCCCAUCACACAUACGCACUUCGUGUAUAUCUCCUUCAAGUUGUAAAGUUCGUAUCCGUAAUUUGUCUACAUCUUUGCCUACUCUAGAGUAACUUUGAUUUCCUCCACUUGUCUGGAGAUUUAUAUUAAAAUUCUCUUAUAAAUGCUGUUGCUGGUUUGUAAACAUCUCUCUCAGAGUUUGAUGUAAGUCAGUUUCAUUUUGCGCAAAAGUUUCCAUACUCACAUUUGGACCUAGAUUUGUUUCAAUAUCCCCAGAGCACAACAGCAUGGGAGAUCAAGCAGUCAAUAAUAACCCCCAUUUGCACACAUCAUGAACACGUAGUCCUCGCCUUGCUGUGUGUGGUCACCAAAGCCUGUGCCUACUCAAAUAUAAAAGUCCAAAAUGCCCAUACUAAACGGCCGCAGAUGAGCCUAAAAUUUAGGCAUUCAGCCGGCAUACUCUUACACUGUCACAAAUGAAUUAAAUAAAAUUGGGUAGACUGUAGUUAAACAGAUAACAUUAGCCUAAUAUGGGCACUGAGAAAAAAAAUGCGUGCAUACCUUCACUCUAUAGGAGUGGACUGUGAUCAAGGGUUGUGAGUCAUGACUCCCCUUUUUGCUAGUAAGUGGUGUGCAUUCCAACCUUGGAGACGUGGAUGGUGAUUCCAGUCUUCACCUAAACACUAAACUAAACUUGCCAACAAGCUCACUUCAUGUCACUGAGUUUUGAGUGGACCUGUGAAAACCAUUUUGACUAGCGCAUCAGACGUCAAGACACUGGGGCAUAAUCGAUAACUUUAUGCAAAAUACAGUCAAGUUAAUUAACAUAUGGUGGCUGGAGCAGCGCCCUCUGCAGUUGUGCUUUAAAUGCAAGUAUAUCAACAUUUCGUAAUGAGCAAGUAGGUCUAUAAAGUGGCACCGAUAAUGGGCAUUUACUAUCAGGUUUGAUCAGUAUGCAAUAGUAGUCUGUCGCAAACCUGGGGCAGGGUCCGUAGAUUUGGUAGGGGGUACGAUUUCUAUUACCGGUCCAACACACCGUCCAUACCCCCACCAAAUCCACGUCGACACUUACCGCGUGCUACCACACUAAAUUGCUUAUUAAUUACCCACUUUAAUCAGCUCGAGCCCCCAAGCACGCAUACCCCAAUGAAAACACGAGACAAUUUAGUGUAUUAAAAGAACGUUAAUUUUUAUUUCCAGAAGUUCAUACAAACCAGAAAAUGUUAAGUAUGAACCCUUGAUCGUUGUCUAGACCGUCCCGUUUACCUAAUUAUCUCCCCUACUUCUAAUAUGUCCAGAUAACUGAGAGCCAGAUGUAACCUUAUCUGUCAUACACACAAUACUGCUCACACACUCUCCCCAUACACUCCUCAUUCGCACGCCACUUAGCUGUUCGAGACUUUGUGGUGUGGAGUUUAGUCCUUGCAGAACACAUGCACAACUGUCACUUGCAUUGCCCAAUGGCGGAUGUAGUAUGGGUAAUCUCUCGUCGCGCCGCUGAAGAAAUAUUGUCUUAAGACUUCGGUCUUCUGUUGACCGGCACGCGACGAGAGGAGUACGAGGAAGGCGCACCUCGAAUGGUCGCCAGCAGGCCGACGAUCUUGGUAUGAACGCAGCACCGAUACCGGUGGCCAGAACACUUGUCCGUUACUUGGUCGUCAGGUCGGACGAAGUAGUUCUUCCCAACACACAGGUACGACCGUGCGGCUAUAUCACCUUCUAGGUUGAUGUCCUUUUCUCUCAGUAGUUCUUUCGUCUGAAGUUUGGCGAAGGACAAUUGCAAACGAAGACUUGAGAUAUCAAGAUCACUGUCUUCUCCCUAGAAGUUUAACGUAAAGCCCAGCUUGUCGUCCAGAUCUUUCUUUUUCAGUCCAAACGCUCAGCCUGCAUCUCUAGAUCUUUCAGUCCAGUAACCGUCUUGUUGGCCAGUCAUACCACCUGACACACCACAACCAAUCACGCCUCACAGCCACCACGAGCUUAAGCUCCCACCCGCACCCGCGUAAAUGACGUAACCCGAGUAAAUGAUGUAAUUUCUAGGGAGAGAAAUUACGUCAUAUCUAGAGUAAAAUAGAUGUGCAAACCCACACUACAGCCCUAUCCCACUCUUUCAUGACACUAAAAUACAGUCAAGUUAAUUAACAUAUGGUGGCUGGAGCAGCGCCCUCUGCAGUUGUGCUUUAAAUGCAAGUAUCAACAUUCCGUAAUGAGCAAGUAGGUCUAUAAAGUGGCACCGAUAAUGGGCAUUUACUAUCAGGUUUGAUCAGUAUGCAAUAGUAGUCAGAUGAGAGAUCUUGAGAAACAUCAAAUGACUGCACUAACUGGUCAUCAGGUUGAUGUAUGACCCAAUCUGAGAUGUGAUCUUUUUUAUGAGUGGUCUGCGACAUGGACUGGACGAGAUGGAAAGUGUGCAGCAUAUUUGAGAUUUUGACAGUGUCAGGAUGAGACUUGUCGUCAAAGUGCACAUUAACAUCUCCAAGAAGUACUGUAGGUCUGUUGAGUGUAUUGCAGUAAUUCAACAGAUCAUGAAAUUAUAAUUAUAAUAUUAGAAAAAAAAAUAACCAAAAUGAUUAACUGUACAUGAAAAUGUAAACAGUAAAUCUUCUCCCUUUUCUAUAGUAAAAGUCUGUGAAUAAAGUUCACUUAUAGCUAGUCUGCUUUUAAAGCCUCCACUGUGAGGUCCAAAACUCCACCAAAGAAACCCUAUUAAUACUGUCGUGAACUCUGGGGCAGAGCAUGUGGAGAUGGUGGAGGUUAUGAUUUCCGUCUGACGGCCUAUCACACUCUCGAUACCUCCCACCAAAUCACGUCGACAUUUACCGCAUGCACCUAUACUUAAUUGCGUAUUCACACUUCCAAUUAGCUCGAGCCCCCUGCAUGCAUCACCCCAAUAAACAACUCAAAGCAAUUUAGUAUAAAAUAAAAAGAAGUUUAAUCAUCGAGAGGAUUAUAUAAAUUACAGAAAAAUGAUACACUCCAACAAUAUGAAAAUAUGGUCGUUAUCUAGGUGUCCCGUUAAUCUAAUUGUUCUCCUACUAGUCCAGAUAUCUAAUGAGUCACUAUUCAACUAACCUUAAUCUAAUUACACACACAACACUACUUCACAAAACACACGCUCGCCACUUAUCUCGUUACACCAAAAGUCAUGUGCUUGUGGAGGCCUCCUCUGUUUGACAUCCCAGAAUCUGUUAAGGUCACUCUGUCGAUUGCAGCGGCUUCUCUGUCUCUGUCGCAGAGACUCUGGUACUGGCUUGUUUGGUACAGCCUCACUCGUGGCGCUCUGGUCCUGCCAAGUCUACCCGGCUUCUUUCGCCCCUCUAGGUCGAAGCGUUAACUCAACUGCAGCACUUCUCAGGGCCGACGCUCAUUCACCAGAUUCAGCUUCUACUAGUUACACCAAACAGCUGCUGGUAAUAGAGCCCUAUGCACUCUGUUAAAGAGUGGGGCGCACUAUACACUCUGUUAAAGAGUGGGUCAACGCAUCUCUGAAGUCAAUUGUUGAAGUCAACACACUUCUCAGGCAGGAUUGCAGGGAAGAACUUGGUGUCGAGCUCAGACAACUUUACUUGAUAAGAGCCACAUGCGAAAGACCACGAUACUUCUGUCAGCAAGGAUAUACUCUCAACCGUGUGGUCUCUCCUUCACAUGAUUGGUCAGUCAUUCCUCAGAUUCAUUCAACCAGUUCACUAUCGAGAUAUAUCCAAUCACCACUGAGCUAAUACCUUAGAGAUGGCUCUCUCGUGAUUCGUCAAUCAUCCCACAGACACACAUGGACUAUUAGAUUAUCUAAGUACAUGUAUAACCAAUCACUCUUUAGCUACUACAUUAUAGUAGUCUUAAUUUGUCUUAAUCCUGUCCACUUUACACCCCCUCCUAACUAGAACGCAGUACAUAACCUUGGUGCCAACCAGUCUGGUCAAUUCAUUCCCUGUACUGUGUGUCAAUAAUGUUUCAACAUUGUCCUACCUUAUGGCGUAAACAAGGUAUGUCUGUUUACUCAGUCAAGAUGGCAGUGGCGACCUAAUGUCUUGCCUUGUCUCGUGAGGGUACUUCAGGGUCUGUCGUGGCGUAAGCGGUCUAUUGGCCCGCGGACAUAUACGCUUCAAGCGCUGAUUGCUAUCACGUAUGCGAUCCCCGGCUUUUUUUUAUUCUAGGUCACUACCACCAGCGGCUAACAAUUCCUACCUUUUGUCAGUCAGUUCGCUCGCGUGAGCGCUCGUCUCAGGGCUAGAACAGACGUGUAAACCCACACUACAGCCAUAUGCCUACUCUUUCGUGACAAAUACACACAGUCUUUUCACAGUUGCCAUCCUUGAUAUUUGGUUAGCUCCAGUGCAUCAGCCAAUGACAAACACAGGAAGAUUAAAAACAAUGCUAAAAAAGAAAUUUACACUUGAAAUCUAACAGUCAUUUAAAUCUGAACGUUACUAUUAUCUAAUCAAUAAUACGAUCCAGAAACAUAAAAAGAUUCAAAAAUCCAAACCAAGGCAGGCCUACCUGAACAGGUUUUGCAUGAAUAAUGUGCACUAUUUAUCAAUCUGGUCAGGACUUAAAACGUCGCUGUAGAAAAUGGUUGGGCUUUUCCUUUGUCCCAGUCAACAAAAAUCAGUCCCUUUCACUCAAUCUUAAUCUUCCCCAUUUAUAGGAGUUGAGUCCCUCAGUGACAGGGUCACAUCAAAGAAGAAGCUGCUGUCAUGAGAUGCUCACACCCACACUUGAUCCCAUGCAAAACACUUGCCAUCUGCCUAUGUUUUCCAUUUUUAUUCAAACAAAACAACAACAAAAUUUGUGACAACCGCCUACCAAUUCACCCUAAGGCUUGGUUAAACUUCUGUGGAGCAGACCUGGUCAGGUAGUCAGCUCCCACUUUAUCUUUACCAGGAAUAACCUGUACAAUGUAUGAAAAAGGUUGCAAUAGAAGAGCUCAUCUCAUAAGCCUACAAUUUUUGGUCUUUGCCUUUUGGAGAUACUUCAGUGACUGAUGAUCAGUUUGUAGGAUUAAUUCUCAUAAUUGUUUUGUUUUACCCCUUUUCCAUACAGCAGACGUGCCACAUCAGAGCACCCUGUGACAGCUAGUGAGUACCUCAGAUUUACUAUGGCUAUUGUUAGCAGUGUGUGGGCAGCAAAUCACUUAAAGCUACAAAACCUACAUCCACAACUAGCAUAUCAGAUCCAGUAGUAUGCAUAUCUUUGAUGGUUUUUGAAGUGCAAGAUUUGGUUAGUGUGGAGCAGUAUUCGUGUAAUCUUUCUGCCGCAAGCCCAAGUAAGGCAGAUAGGCUACAGAGAGGAAAUUGCAAAGAGGUACAAUGACCAGCUUUGUGUCCAGGGCAUGCACUUAAUCAUCAAAAUCUGGGGCGGUAAGCCAUUCCCAGUGCAAUAAAACUUUAUCAGCUGCAGGAAGGUGGAGGCUGGUGUACUAAUCAAUGGACAAGACACAAAACAAAUAUCCACAGCUUGCUGAAAAUCCUGUCGCGCUGUCACCACCCUCUACAAUAAGGAUCGUAUGAACCUGUCUCCGGAGAUUGUCCUAACUGCUUUGACAACACCACAGUUACUUUUGAACUAGUUCAUGGGGCUAAUGAAUGAAUGAGACAUGAAUAGUUUUGUGCAUGCAAUUAUGAAUUUUAAUUUUAAUCGAGCUGCAACAGAAUUGCCCUCUGGGACAAACAAAGUCUUAUCGUAUCGUAAUUCUAUUUUUUUAUUCUUAAAUUCUUUCUUUGUAUGACUUGGCUUCCCACAAAUGAAGCGUCAUUUUUUUAGGUACUAUUUUCUCUGUUGGCUUGUUUAUAUCUUCAGAUAUAUAUGUCAGUGUGAGAUGGCACGCCUGGUGGAUGUUUUCCAGACUUGCAUUCAUCAGCAUAGCAUUCAGCUACAACAGCUGUUUCUUUUAUUGUCUUUGGAGACAGAUUGCCAUUUCCCAUCCGACCUGAAACAUUUGUUCAGGCAACACUAAAUCAAGCAAGUCUUCUUCAUAUGUUGACUCUUUUUCAGAUAAGCUCAGCCAUCAUUUUAAGUGGUGGAUCAUUGAGGAAAAGUUUCUCUGUCAAAUGCCCUAUCCCAUUUCAAAGAUGUAAAUUCAUGAAAGAUAUGAACUUAGUUUUGAAAUGCACAGAUGCUUACAUUAUUUGAACAGUCUGUCUACUUCAUAAGAACACUGAAGUCUUGGACUGUUUGCACUACCAUUUCGAAGAUUGCAAAUAUAAAUAUCUGUUUAUAAUGUGCAUAUAUGUACGGAAGUCAUCAACAUGCCAGACUAAAAAGAAGCUCUCUACACGAAGAAAGCCUAUUCCUUAUGUGUCCUGCAACUGAUAAACUGAAAGAAUUUUCAUCUCGUGCUUGCUUCGUUCCUUGUGGUUAAACUGAGCCAAAGCUCUCUUCUCGGCCGCAGUGUAAAUUUGGCCCUCCUUUCAAAGACAAUUGCAUCCAACACCCUUUUCUUUCUGAAGUCAGCUUGCUAGCCUUUUCCUUACAACUGUUUUGUUUUUCAAUUUUUUUAUAGCAAAACCUCUAAUAGCCCAGAAACAGCUUGUAAAAAAGUCAGCAUCUCUGUUUACUGGUUUUUUUUUCAUUUUUUUGUGAUUCAACAGGUAUGUGACAUCUUUGAUUGGAUUACACUUGUUUUCUUGACAUCAUAGUUAGGUCUCUUUGUUUUUUCAAAUUGUGAAUGACUGAAGCUUUAAAAAAGUAAAGUGUUUUGGUAUUUAAUUUAUA